AUGUCUCCUCCAGAAAUCCUUUGGGCUCAACGAAGCAGCAGUGAUGACGCUACUCGAAACAUUAUCUAUCUUACUAUCAACGCCCCCGAUCUCCAGUCUGGUUACAGUCUUACGUUCCCAACCUCCUCGUCGCUUUCCUUCAAGGGAACUUCUGGAGGCCCGAAAGCCGCCAACCCAAAGUCGUUCGAAAUUGACUCCCUCCAGCUCUUUGGAGAGAUUGACUUGGAGGCCGACAGGAGAGAAAGACUCACCGGGAAAAGUCUGCAAGUCGUACUCACCAAGAAGGAUUUGAAGGAAGAAUACUGGCCUCGGUUAACAAAAGACAAGCGAGUCAACUUCGUCAAGACAGAUUUCGCUCUUUGGGUUGAUGAGGAUGAACAAGAUGGAGCUGCUGUCGACGAAGGCUUUGCCUCAACCGGAGCCCCCCCUGGUGCAGGAAUGGAUAUGGAAGCCAUGAUGGCACAAAUGGGCGGUAUGGGUGGUCUGGGCGGUAUGGGUGGCAUGCCCGGCAUGGGUGGUAUGGGCGGCAUGCCUGGCAUGGGUGGUAUGGGCGGUAUGCCGGGCAUGCCCGGCAUGGGUGGAAUGCCAACGCCAGGUGGAACGCGAGGAUCAGGCGGCGACGGCGGCGGUAUGGAUCUUGAGAAACUCAUGGCCCAAAUGAAAGCUGAACGUGGCGACGGGGCGGAUGAUGACAGCAAGAGCGACGAUUCGACCAGCAGCGACGAGAUGCCUACUCUAGAUGAACCUACUCCAAAAUAA